AUGAAACGCGGGUCGAUCAAAAAUUGCAUUCCAACCAGAGCCACGAUAUGGGUAAUGUGCUUCACCUGCACGCUGUUCCUUUACAUGAUAAGGAUAAACUUAUCCAUCAUACUGCUCGCAAUGGUGGAGCCCCAAGCCGGUAACGAAUCCUCCGUCCCCGAAUGCAUUCGAAUCCAACAAACCCAAGCAACGCAAAACUCCACCGCACUUCCACUAGUCGCCCAGCCAGAUUACGGCACGAGGUACGAUUGGGACAAGAAGCUCCAAGGGCUGAUCCUGAGCGCCUACUUCUGGGGAUUCACCCUCAACGGCAUUCCCGGCGGGGCUUUGGCCGAAAAAUUCGGUCCUGCUAGAUGCGUGACCGUCUCGUUCCUGCUCAGCGGCCUUCUCACCCUGCUGGCCCCCUGGGCGGCCUCCCUGCACUACACCCUCUUCAUCAUAUCCAGAUUCCUGGUCGGAUUGUUAGGCGGCAUGGUGUUCCCGAGCUUGCACUGUUUGGUGGCCCGCUGGGCGCCGCCCGACGAGAAGGGCAAGUUCAUCGGGGCGCUGCUCGGCGGCUCGCUGGGCACCAUCAUCACCUGGCCCCUGCUGGGCGCCGUCAUCGAGAAAUUCGGCUGGGCGUGGGCGUUCUUCAGUUCGGGGAGUUUGGUCAUCGCGUGGACGGUGUCCUGGUGGUUCUGCGUGACGGAUUCGCCCGAGCAGCACCCGAGGAUCUCCGAGGAGGAGAAGAGGCACAUCGUGGAUAGUUUGAAGGGGAGGAUAUCGAAAGUUAAAGCUCUUCCGCCUUAUAAGGAUAUAUUUUUGUGCGUGCCAUUUUGGGCGUUGAUUUGCCUCCAUUUCGGCAACCUUUGGGGAUUGUUUUUCCUCAUGACAGCCGGACCGAAUUUCUUAUCUACUGUACUAGGUUUCACGCUAGGUCAUACCGGUGUACUAGCAGCCCUACCCUACCUAGCUCGACUAGUUUUCGGGAUUAUAUUCGGGCAACUAGGCGACUACAUAAUCAAGAGGAACCUAAUGCAAAAAACCACCAUACGAAAAAGCUUCGUACUCGUCUCGCACAUUCUACCGGGAGUGCUAUUGCUCGUUCAAACUCUAACCGGCUGCAACGUGACUUGGGCCAUGGUUUUGAUAACCAUGUCGCUCGGUUUGAACGGGGCCUCGACCCUCACCAACCUGCAGAACUCGCAGGAUCUCUCGCCGAACUUCGCCGGUACUUUGUACGGCAUCAUGAACUGCAUAGGAAGCACCACGGGCUUCAUUAAUCCCACUAUAGUGGGAUACAUCACGGCCGAAAAAAACGGUUUGAGCGAGUGGAGGACGAUAUUUUAUUUGGGUUCCUCCGUGUAUAUAGCCUCAGGGAUAUUGUUCUAUUUGUUCGGUACAGGCGAGACUCAAUCUUGGAACGAAGCGGAGAGUAAAGGAAGCGAUGAAAACAACGAAAGCGCUGGAGAUGGUAUAGAAAACAUCGGAUUCGAUGGAAUCGAUAGCGAGAAACCGGAUGUGGUAGAAAACACAAAGAUAUAA